AUGACAUCGUUGGCUCACCAGCUGAAGAGGCUCGCGCUGCCUCAGAGCGACCCCAACCUCUUCACCCGCAGAGAGGUCGCCUCGCUGCUCUUUGACCCCAAAGAUGCGGCGUCCAUGGACAGGAGCACCUUCUACGCCCUCGGUGAGUCUCGCUCAGGUUCUGAGAGGACACGGUUCUCCUCUCUACAGCCGGGUUACACCCCCGUCUCUCCUCUCUCACCCUCCAGGCUGCACAGGGCUGGAGGAGCUGCUGGGAAUCGAACCCGCCUUCCUGGAGUUCCAGGACACUCUGUUCAGCCGGGCCUCGCUGACCCUGGAGCGCAGCGUCCAGUCCAAAGAGGUCAACGAGAAGCUGGACGCCGGCAUCUCGCUCUUCCUCACCCGUCUGUGCCCGUACUUCCUCCUCAAACCGGCCCACAAGUGCAUCGAGUGGCUGCUUCACCGGUAAGGUUUGACCCCUCAGAGCCUCCGUAGACCGGCUCCUCUGAUCUCAGACUGAUUUUUCUGACGUCUGUCUGCAGCUUCCACAUCCAGCUGUAUAACCCCGACAGCCUGCUGGCGUGCGCGCUGCCGUAUCACGACACCAACGUGUUCGUCCGAGUCCUGCAGCUCCUCAACAUUAAAGACGCCACCAACCGCUGGAGCUGGCUGCACUGCCUGCAGGUCAGAGCACUUCCUGUCUGUCCCUGUGAAGGUUGAAGUCGAGCACGGUCGGGCGAAAGACACACACAUAUAUAUAUAUUUAUUUAUUUAUUUAUUUCACUUCCACGGGUCCAAAUCAACUCGUGUUUCUAUUUUUUUACCAUACAUACUUAGUUUGAUGUUUCCCUGUCCUGAGAUACAGAUAAGAGAAAAAUAUAUGAAUAUGAUUUUAAUAUUUAACAGACAAACUGCGGAACAUUCUGGGUGUUAAUUAUUUAUUUAUUUAUUUAUUUACUCUUUUAAAAAAAGUGUCUUCCUCUUUUUUCUGCUUUUGUCCUGAUUUUAUGUGUUAAAAUAAUUUCUGUUUGAUCACAUGAAAAUAAAACUAAAUAUUAAGUUCUAAAAAAGGGAAAUCGUGAGUUUUAAGAAGUGACUUAAGCGGGUUUUAAAGUGUUUUAAAGUGUUUUAAAGUGUUUGAAGGGUCAGAGGGAGGAAGAAUGGCGUGAAGGGGUGUGGUCUGACCUCUGACCUCUGACCUCUGAACUCUGGCUCCUGCAGAAACCCGGCGUCCCGCUCUCCAGAGGCGCCCUGAUCACUCACUGCUACUCAGACCUGGGCUUCAUGGACUUUAUCUGCUCCAUGGUCACCAAGUCCAUCCAGGUGAAGGACCUGAGCUCCUCCACGGUCACUCAAGUUUCUUCUUCUUCUUCUGUGGAGUGAAGAUCUAAGAGUUUGUUUCUUCUUCUUCAGGCGUUUUCAGGUCACACAGGAAGUGGCUCCCAGCUCAGAGUGAUCUUCUCUUUCUACGCCUCCGUCAUCGUCGCCGCUCUGGACGCCGUGGAGAAAGUGUCGGACAGCAUCAUCUCCAAACUGCUGCCGUACGUCCAGAAGGUAAAUCAUCUCAGGUCAUGAAGUCAUGAGGAUCCCUCCUAUUGGUCCUCACUCUGAUGAUGUCAUUUCCUCUUCAGGGUCUGAAGUCGCCUCUGUCCGACUACAAAGCGGCGACCUACAUGAUCGUGUGUCAGCUGGCGGUGAAGGUGGUGAUGGAGGCGUCGCUGGUGGACACGCUCGCCGUCCACGUCAGCCGCUCUCUGCUCAAAGAGCCGGCGUUGGCUCAGGAGGGGGUGGGCUGCCUCGUCGUUCUGCUGCAGAACCAGAAGGAGGGCGCCGCCGGACCCAGGUAGGACCGCACUGAGAUGUAGUAGACACGCCCCCUCCAGGUGUAACCUUCAUCCCCUGACUCCUCCUCCUCCUCCUCCUCAGAGCGUUCAGUAAGCUGAGCUCCAUGCCGGCGCUCGUCUCCACGCUGCAGGUCAUGGCGGCGUCUCAUGACAUCACUCCUCUGCUGAGGUACCUGCUGCCUCACCUGGUCCACGCUGUCUUCACCUGCAGCCCAGGUACGCAGACUCUCUGAUGAGGGCGUGUUCAGGGUCAUCAGCAGAGCGGUUUUUAGCUGACCUGUCUCUCUGUCCUCAGGUGACACAGAGACGGAUCCCCUGGCUGUUCUGGAGUCCCUCCUGGAGUCCGUCCCCCUGACCAAAGACCUGGACCGGACCGUGGCUCGGUAAGAUCACCUGACCCUCCACCGUUCACACCGAGACAAAAACACGGAGAGCUGAAGAUCUUAAAAACUUUUAACAGAACAUAAAACUUUAGAAAGACCUUUUAAAAACUUUUGAAAGGCCUAAGAAACUUUUUAAAAAACUUUUUAAAAGUUUUUUAAAAAAACUUAUGAAAGACCUUAAAAAUCUUUGAAGGAUCUUAAAAAAUUUUUGAUAGACCCUAAAAACUUUUAAAAGACCCCCAAAGCUUUUGAAGGGCCUUAAAAACUUUUUAAAGACCUUUUAAAAACUUUUGA